AUGACCGCUAAAGUCAUUACCAUCGUGGGUGUCGCCGGCAAUCAAGGUGCCUCUGUCGCCGAUGUUUUUAUUGAAGAAGGGGGUUGGCACGUCCGCGGCAUUACUCGUGAUCCUUCCAAGCCGUCGAGCCAGGCCUGGGCCGACAAGGGUGUCGAACUCAUCAAAGCGGACGUAAAUGAUGUCGACUCACUGAAGAAGGCCUUUGCAGGAUCGACUGUGAUCUUCGGCGUCACUGACUUCUGGGGCAACAUCGGUGAUCCCAAAACACAGGAACUGGCGAAGUCGACUGGCCGACCCAUCAAUGCCAUCGCCUACGAUAUUGAAGUCCAGCAUGGUCGCAACAUCGUCGAUGCCGCAAAUUCUACAUUGGAUACACUGGAUCGCUUCGUGCUCUCAACGCUGUCGCCCACGAAGAAACUGAGCAAGGGCAAGUAUGCUCACAACUUUCACUUCGAUGCCAAGUGGCAGGCAGUGGAGUAUCUUAAGGCGACUUAUCCGGCCUUAGACAAGAAAACCUCAUACCUUCAGGUCGGGCUUUACAUGACCAACUGGAAGGCUGAUCCCUUCGCUACACCCACAAAGCAACCCGACGGUACCUUUUUAAUAAAGGUGGCCACCGAGGGCGAUGCCCCGGUUCCUAUGGUCCAGGCACGCCACGACACAGGUCUCUUUACCAAGGCUCUUGUGCACUCUGAACCGGGCAAGAUUCUACUCGGAUACGGUUCCCUGAUAAGCUGGAACGAGUUUGCUGCUCUGUGGGGAAAAGUCCAUGGCGUUACCUGUCGCUUUGAGCGCCUUGAUCGUAACGUCAUCGAAUCUGCUGUCCCUGGAGGAAUUGGCGAAGAGCUGGCCGACAUGUUCGAGUAUAUUGGAGAUUUCGGUUAUGAUGGCGGUGAUCCCAGUGUCGUUCAUCCCAAAGAUCUUGGGUUGAACAUUCCAGUGCUCACGGCAGAGGAGUAUAUCAAGAGCGAAGUGUGGCCUGGGGUUUAG